UAUACAGCUUACUACACCUUCACCACCCCGGACUGCAGCCGACCUCCUUUUGCUGUGAAAUAUCUUUUUCAUUAUUAACCAGAAAGCGGAUAGCUAAAGUUAGCUUAAUUCCCCUUUCUUGGACCGCCUAUAAACUAAGAAGAAUAAAGAAACGAUUACCGUUAUUAUUCAUUUGUCGAAUAAAAAACGGUCGCUCCUGCAGAAUAGAAGUUCUGACACAUUUUGCAGAAACCAUCGGAAAAACAGACCACAAAGAUCAGUCAACAAGGUCAACUUUGAAUAAGUUUCUUUGUUACUGUUUGCACAGUGAAGGGAACUUGCAGAUAAAAACACAGCAGGCUCAGUAGCCACGUUUCAACGGCAUCAUCCUCCGCUUCUUCUACGCAGUGGUCGAACUUUUACGCACUGUUGUCUCGGUGUCACCUUUAUCAUGACGCGAAGAUCUUGUGCGAUAUAUGGAGUCGGGAUUGCCUGCGCCAGUCUACUGAUCAUCGGGAUUGGCUUGAUUGUGGCUCAAGUAUUUCAAACUUUAAUCCAUAACCGGUUAAAAAAGGAGAUAACUUUGACAGAGGGUAGUCGUGUGUUUGAGACAUGGAAAAACCCUCCUCCUCCCGUCUUCAUGCAAUACUUCUUCUUCAACGUCACCAACCCAGAUGCGUUCCUGGAUGGAGCCAAGCCUAUCGUCUCUCAGGUCGGCCCUUACACAUACAGGGAGUACAGGCCCAAGGAGAAUGUGACUUUUGUAGACAAUGGGACCAGAGUGUCUGCCUACCAACCCAAGACAUUUGUGUUCCUGCCAGAGCGCUCUGUAGGUGAUCCUGAUUAUGACAUGAUCACAACCAUCAAUAUCCCAGCUGUGGCGGUGAUGAACAAGGUGAAGGAUAGUUUCUGGAGGAGUUCGAUGGUAUCUGUCUGGAUGAACUCCCUGCGUGUGGGCAUUUUCAUGACUCGCUCUGUCAACGAGCUGCUGUGGGGCUUCAAGGACCCUCUGUUGUCCCGCAUCCAUCCCAUUAACCCAGAGAUCGACGAGUACUUUGGCCUAAUGUACAAGAAAAAUGGAAGCAAUGAUGGUGAAUUUGUUUAUCAUACCGGGGAGGCGGACUUCAUGGACUACGGCAGGGUAGCCACGUUUAAAGGAGAAAGUAAACUGAGCCUGUGGACGUCUGAACAGAGUAAUAUGAUCAACGGUACAGACGGCAGUGCCUUCCACCCCCUGCUGUCCAAGACGGAGAGACUGUACAUCUUCAGUCCUGACCUGUGCAGGUCCAUCUUCAUGGAGUUUGAGAAAGAUGUGAAGGUGAAGGGGCUCCCAGCGUAUCGUUUCACCCCUCCUCGUGAUGUCCUGGCAAGCAAGGAGGAGAACCCAGCCAACGAAGGAUUCUGUGUCUCCCCCAAAGAGUGCCUGGGCACUGGCUUGCUCAAAGUCAGCGUAUGCCGAAAAGGUGCUCCAGUCGUGACGUCCUUUCCUCAUUUCUACCUGGGAGAUGAGAAGUACUCUAACGCCAUUGAAGGACUGGAUCCUGUCAGAGAGCAUCACCAGACCUACCUGGACCUGAACCCGACCACUGGUGUUCCUAUCCGUGCCAGUAAGAGAGCUCAGAUCAACAUCCUCAUCAACAGAAUCUCUGGCUUCCCGCAAACCAAAUCCCUGAACGAGACUAUCUUCCCUGUCAUGUUUAUCAAUGAGACGGUAGUGAUCGACGACGUGUCGGCGGCGAAGCUCCACAAGCUGUUGCUGAUGGUGACGCUGGUGUCCAACUUCCCUCUCGUCCUGGUUGGUCUGGGGGCCAUCCUGCUGCUGGUGUUCAUCGGCCUCAUCGUCUGCGAAUUCAAACAGAAGAAGUCAACAAAGGAAGACACAUCUUAUUCCCCCGUGAGCAACAAGGAGGCUGACGAAAAAAAUGGCAGCAGCUACGUUGCCUUGACUCCCGUUAUUGACAAGUCUUGAGGAGGGAAUGGGAAGGGUUUAUGGAGAGACAGAUGUAGGAUCUUAAUAUGAACCAGUUUGCUACAGCAGCAAAAUAAUCCUGCUGCAACAGGAAAUGUGAAUGAUGUGGAUUAUAAUUAAUGGACAUUUUUGUAGGGUUUUUAAAAGUAAAAAACACUGCAAGUUUGCAAUUCUCAGAAACAAAAGCGUGAUCAAAUUACGAUCCUACAUCUGUAUAUCAUAUAUAUCAGUGUGAGUUGCUGUUCAGGGUUGGAUCGUUGUAAAUCAUUGUGGCACUAGUUAGACUACUGUGAUAUGUCUCCGUUUUUUUGUUUUGUUACUUUGUUUAUUUGGAUCUGGUUCAACCCACAAAAUGGGGCUAAUCUUCCCAAAAUCCCUGUUAACCCACAAGGUGGGGCUAAUCUUCCCAAAGUCCCUGUUAACCCACAAGGUGAGGCUAAUCUUCCCAAAGUCCCUGUUAACCCACAAGGUGAGGCUAAUCUUCCCAAAGUCCCUGUUAACUCACAAGGUGGGGCUAAUCUUCCCAAAGUCCCUGUUAACCCACAAGGUGGGGCUAAUCUUCCCAAAGUCCCUGUUAACCCACAAGGUGGGGCUAAUCUUCCCAAAGUCCCUGUUAACCCACAAGGUGAGGCUAAUCUUCCCAAAGUCCCUGUUAACUCACAAGGUGGGGCUAAUCUUCCCAAAGUCCCUGUUAACCCACAAGGUGGGGCUAAUCUUCCCAAAGUCCCUGUUAACUCACAAGGUGGGGCUAAUCUUCCCAAAGUCCCUGUUAACCCACAAGGUGGGGCUAAUCUUCCCAAAGUCCCUGUUAACCCACAAGGUGGGGCUAAUCUUCCCAAAGUCCCUGUUAACUCACAAGGUGAGGCUAAUCUUCCCAAAGUCCCUGUUAACCCACAAGGUGAGGCUAAUCUUCCCAACGUCCUUGUUAACUCACAAGGUGAGGCUAAUCUUCCCAAAGUCCCUGUUAACCCACAAGGUGGGGCUAAUCUUCCCAAAGUCCCUGUUAACCCACAAGGUGGGGCUAACCAGCCCUAGGUGUGUGUCCUAAAGAUGUGCUCUAAAGAUGUGCCCUAAUAUGUGUCCUAAAGAUGUGUCCUAAAGAUAUGUCCUAAAGAUGUGUCCUAAAGAUGUGUCCUUAAGAUGUGUCCUAAAGAUGUGCCCUAAUAUGUGUCCUUAAGAUGUGUCCUAAAAAUAUGUCCUAAAGAUGUGUCCUUAAGAUGUGUCCUAAAGAUGUGUCCUAAAGAUGUGCUCUAAAGAUGUGCCCUAAUAUGUGUCCUUAAGAUGUGUCCUAAAGAUAUGUCCUAAAGAUGUGUCCUAAAGAUGUGUCCUUAAGAUGUGUCCUAAAGAUGUGUCCUAAAGAUGUGUCCUUAAGAUGUGUCCUAAAGAUGUUCCCCAAAGAUGUGUGUACAUUAUUCAGGUAUCAUUCCAUUCUCAGGGGCACUAUGCUAGAAACUAUGCACCUUGUGCAUCAUGAGAUGGCUUCAAAAGUGAUUAUUAUUAUAAAACCGUAAAGUGUCAAAGAAGGUCAAGGAAGUGGUGAGAUGCUCUACUGAACAACGAAGGCUAAAUAUUUAAUGUAAGGAGUGUGUCUUCUUAAUGAAUUUGAAUUCAUAUUAAAACUAACAAAAAAUAUAUAUUUGUAACAUUAGCUAUAAUUGUUAAAUUUUUACGUAUUUUAUUUGUUCAUGCACUGUUUAAAUUUAUUUUCAAACUUGGUUGGUUGAAUAUGUUCAAAUUAGUGAACAAAAAAGCCGUCUGACUAUGUUUAUGUUAUUGAACAUAUCCACAAUACCAUCCAUACCUAAUUCAUGGAUCACCUUCACUUUCAACUUGCAUGUGGUGAUAUUUUGCACGUGAGCAUUUUUAAGUGUUACUUAUCUGAUAUUCCAAAUGUGACAUCUGCCUACAUUCCUUAGGUGAGACACCUGUGCCCAGUUGGUACAUUCAUUAGGUGAGACACCUGUGCCCAGUUGGUACAUUCAUUAGGUGAGACACCUGUGCCCAGUUGGUACAUUCAUUAGGUGAGACACCUGUGCCCCAGUUGGUACAUUCAUUAGGUGAGACACCUGUGCCCCAGUUGGUACAUUCAUUAGGUGAGACACCUGUGCCCCAGUUGGUACAUUCAUUAGGUGAGACACCUGUGCCCCAGUUGAUACAUUCAUUAGGUGAGACACCUGUGCCCCAGUUGAUACAUUCAUUAGGUGAGACACCUGUGCCCCAGUUGGUACGUUCAUUAGGUGAGACACCUGUGCCCAGUUGGUACAUUCAUUAGGUGAGACACCUGUGCCCCAGUUGGUACAUUCAUUAGGUGAGUGUUGAUCUGUAUCGGGCAGAUCUAUUAUAAAAAAUACCACAUCAUUGGCUUAUUGCUGCCAUUGUGAACAAGCCAACAAACCUAUGGCACUCCGUAUACUGCGUAAAACAAGGACAGGCUUUUUUUGACUGAAUUGUUACUGAGGCUUUUUGACACGUCAGACAAUUCUCCUGUGCCCUGUAGUGCGGGGGGGCCUUCUUGUCUGAAACAAAAGAAUGAAGGCAAUGAAAAUGUGUAAUUUGAAGAUCAGAUCCCUUUAGAAUGUAUUUACAGAAUAGUGUUUUUGUUUUUACUAAUAGAAUAGAGUGCGUACUAAUGUGCAUUUCUGUUAUACAGGGAAGUCCAUACGUCGUUGUUUUUUUUUGGGUUGAUAUUUUUUGACAGAAAAAUGGACUGAAACUUUUAACUCACGUAUCAGGUUCUGGAUUAUCUAAAUGUAUUAUCAUCACUACAUUCUCUCUACAUGAUCUCUGCAUUACCAUAGCUGCUGAUGAAACCAUAACUUCAAGUUUUGAUGCAAGGUUGUCAUCCUAAUGGCAGACAUUUUUUGGGAUCAAAGAUAAACAUUUAUAUCAUAUACCAAACUACUGGAAUUGUAGACAUUUUGUAGUGAUGUUAAAAAGCCAAAUUGUGUGUUGCUUUCUAUUGUGAACCAUUAAUAGGAGCACAUUAGCAGACUGUCUCUGGAGAAAAUGUAUUGAGAGAAAUCUACAUAUGUUUAUUUACUAUGGCAUCUCCUAUUGACAUUAUAUUCAUUUUUUGUUAUGACUAUAAUAGCCUUUGUACAACUGCUUAACUGCUAUAGUGCUACAGCGUAGUAAUGCUUUGUUAUAUUGUUGAAAUUGGAAGAUUCUACAGGAUUUGCGUGAAUGAUUAUUGUACCGUAAUGACUGUCUGAACAUAGCCUCCUGAGUGCCUGAGUGUGUUUGUGUUCUUGCACGUGACAAGCAUGAUAGCGCCAACAAACAUGGCAAUCGGGCUAGCAUGACACCUCAAUGUUGAAAUCAACGCAUCAGAUCACAUAUCAGUGCUCUGAGCUUACCUAUCGACGCGUUAUUUUGUAACCCAGCUGACUGUUGUAUUAAUACUACUCUCUUUUGUUUAUGAUAUGCCAAACAAAAGUAGCGGAACUUUUGCUUUCUUAAGAUUACUUGUUGUGAAUUUAUUAGAUACUGUUUGACUCGUCGCUCACUUGUUUAUGAGAUGCCAUGCACUUACGUACUCAGUAUUAGUUAUUCUUGUUGAAAAAUAGAAAAGCAGCAAUAGAAAUGUAUCAUUUGAAACAUGAGUAAAUGUUAGCGUUUUCUUCUCUAUUAUAAGUCUAAUCAGUCAUUUCAUAUUUUGAUGUUAAUUUGUCUUUGGACUCUGUAUUUACUCUGUAGCAACCAUGUGCCUUGGUCUGUAAUGGAAUUACAGGACAUUGAACGAAGAGGGCCUCGUUCACAGGAGGAUGGUGGCAUCUUAAUUGGGGAGAACGAGCUCGUGUUAAAGGCUGGAGCGGAAUCAGUGGAAUGGUAUCAAAUACGUCAAACACAUGGUUUCCAUGGUUUCCAGGUGUUUGAUGUCAUUCCAUUUGCUCCGUUCCGGCCGUUAUUACGAGCCGUUGUCCCCUCAGCAGCCUCCGCUGGUUUAAAUACACCCUCAGACUCUAUGGUGCAUUUUGUAAAACAGUCAUUAGAAACAGGACAAAAUUGGGAUACAACAACUAUCAGAAGAAUUGUAUAUUGUAAAUGAUGCACCAUAAAAUCAAAAGCAUUUUACAUGUACAGCCAUAGACAUCAGUGUACACACACAGCACUACUUGUUUUGUGCUUGAGCACCAUAGUAUUUAAACCACUUUCCUCAGUCCCAAAGUCCUGUUUUCUGUAAUACAGCUAAAUGCUUUUCAUUGCAGCAGUCAAACAUAAUCCUUACAUUUAUCGUAGUUAUCUUUAUUUUUGGAAUAUAGACUGCAAAAAAAGUUACUACAAUAUUUGUUUGUAAAAAAUAAAAUGUUAAACUUAUUUACAAUUAAAUAAAAGCAACCAUUUUUGAUUGA